UGCAAAUCUCUAAGCACUGCAGUAUUCAUAGACCAAGCAAGCUAUGGCCUCCAUACUCACACCAGUAGAAACUUAUCAUUCUCUUCCUUUCUUGCUCCUACUUCCUCUCUUUCUCUUCGUCUUGAAGCACAAAUUCUCCAAAAAUCCAGUCAGAAUUAGACUCCCACCAGGUCCUAAACCCUGGCCUAUCAUAGGAAACCUACCUCUUAUUGGCGACAACCCUCACGUCUCAUUCGCCCAAAUUUCCAAAACUCAUGGUCCCCUCAUUUCUGUCCGUCUUGGAACUCAACUUGUCGUUGUCGGCUCCUCCCCGGCCGCUGCAGAAGCCAUACUCAAAACCCACGACAGGGAACUCUCAGGCAGGCACGUGCCAUAUGUUUCAUUCGCAAGAGAACCUAUGUACAAUAGGGACUCAAUUGCUUGGACCUUCGAGUGCACUGAACAGUGGAAGAAUUCCCGAAAUCUCAUGAGAACUGAACUUUUCGGGUCGAAAAUCGUUGAUAGCCAGUUCCGUAUAAGAGAAGAAAAGAUUGGUGAACUGGUGGAGUUUCUGGGUUCAAAGCUGGGAGAAUCGGUGCAAAUUCGAGAAGUCUUGUUUGUUACCACGUUUAACUCCUUUUCAAACAUUCACUUAUCAAAAGAUUUUCUAGCUUUCGGAGGAGGAGAAAGUAGAAGAAUGAGCAGGCUUGUAAGGGACAUGAUGGAGCUUUGGACAGCACCGAAUAUUUCAGAUUUCUUUCCAAUAUUGAGUGGGUUGGAUCUUCAGGGUCUGAGGAAGAUGGCCGAUGAAUGCGUUAAGAAAAUGUGUGCCAUUUGGGACAGCGCUAUAAAAGAGAGAAGAGGACGCCAUCAGAGUAACCAUAGAGAUUUCUUGGACGUUUUGCUUGAAAGCGGAUUUUCCGAUGAGCAAAUCAGUUUACUAUUCGUGGAACUCUUGGCUGCAGUGUCUGAUGGUACCGCCUCAACAGUGGAAUGGGCAAUGACGGAACUCUUGAAGAACCCUGGAGCCAUGAAUAAGAUUCGCGAAGAACUUGAACAACAGAUCGCUGAAGACUUCGUAAGAGAGGAAGAUUUGGUGAAGCUUCCUUACUUGUAUGCAUGCGUCAAGGAAACUCUGAGAUUACACCCUCCAGCGCCGCUUCUGCUUCCACAUAGAGCCAUCGAAGACUGCAAGGUGAUGCAGUAUACAAUCCCAAAAGACACUCAAGUUUUUGUGAACGUAUGGGCAAUCGCAAGAGACCCAACCAUUUGGGAAACGCCUUUGAGCUUUAAACCAGAGAGGUUCCUUAAUUCUAACGUAAGUUACAAAGGAAAUGAUUUUCAGUACCUGCCGUUUGGCAGUGGAAGGAAGAUUUGUGCAGGCAUGCCGAUGGCCAUAAGGCAAGUUCAAAUGACUUUGGCAUCUUUAGUUCAUAAAUUCGAGUGGUGUCUUCCAGAUACAGUGAAACCUGAAGAGAUCGACAUGAAUGAAAAAUUUGGUGUGACAUUGUUAAAGCUGAAUCCUCUUGUUGUAAUUCCGAAAGCAAGGAAAUGAUUCAGCCAGGUUCUCAACCUGGUGCAAAAUAACCAUGAUAAUAAUUUCCUUUGCUCAUGUUACCGAAUAAAAAAAGUAUAAUCCUAACUUAUUAUAUUAUUAAA